GAUGACCCUGUGCGGCUGCCGGACCCCUGUGCCUUGCGAGGAAACGGACACUCGAUUUCGGGGGUGGUUCCUCGAGUUUGCCAACCUGGUUCCCGGGGGUGAACGCGCACCGAGUUCUUGGCCCACGCACGACGCCGCGAAGAGCAAAGAGGAUCUUCAGCGUUUCCUGUUCGAACUGUCAGUUGGACGGCGUCCCUGGGGAUUACCUUGCCUCCCGGUUUUACAUAUUGCCGCAUCCCGAAAAUGUAUGCGGCCUGCAAAACCGAUGCAAUUGCCGGCGCGCAACGCUAGCGCCUUUAAUCUCUUCGCUCGUCGCUAUGCGCCUGGAAUCUUGUAAUUAAUAUUUCCCCGGGCUGCGUCGAACGAGGAGCAAGUGGGAUUAAGCUAAUACCUUCGAUAGGUUUUGUUCGAAUCGAUAAACACCGGCGCUGGGAUAAUACGAAUUCGGUGACGUCGCAGAGGAGAGACUCUAGUUUUUCUACAGUGAACGAUGAACGUUGAACUCUCGCGAAAGAGAGGUGUAAGUGAUACAAACAGGAUAUUCCUCGUCGACUUCGAGAGCAAGCUUUGCUUUGAGUCACGUUCACAUCUCGGCUUCAUCAAUGGGCGUUUCACAGAUAUCGACCAUCGUCACGACGGUGCAAGCAUCGAUCCUCGAUCAUGUUGACAAGUGCAUCGGAACUAACUUUCAAAGAAGGCCUCACUUGAGGGCCCGAGAUGACCGCUUUCUGUCCAUGAAAAAGUACCUCGGAUAUUGCUGAAGACCUCGUCACGGAUCAGAGUAUAGAAAGCCAUAAGUACGAGGCAUAGGGAGCCAUAGGAAGCUAAUCAGGACUUUAGAAAAAGGAGGACGAAGUCUGCAAAAGGUGUCCAGCGGGAUACCAUCAAGUCGGUGAAAAAAUUCAGGGCUUCUAUCACCCUCUAAACGUACCAUUAGAGGUGAGUGCCAACCAUGAUCACCGUGGUCAAGGGUACCCCGCAGUCAUGACAGAGUAAACCAUUCGAGGAUCAUCCGAGACCUCGUCCACCAUGUUGAACGUAAUGGCGGCGGUGACGACGAGCCUUCCCAACCGAGUGGACCCAACUCCGACUACCUCGAGCAACACCAGCAGCCCCUCCAGCACAGCCGCCAACAACGUGACGUCUGUGCCGGUGGAGAAUCCCACGGUCGAGAACCUUCCUGAGAACGUGAACGUGUUCGUGGUGGUGAUCAAGGGGAUAAUCAUGGGUAGCAUAAUCACGACGGCAAUGCUAGGAAACGCGUUGGUGAUCGCCAGCGUCAGGAGACACAGAAGGCUACGUGUGGUGACGAACUGUUACGUAGUCAGUCUGGCGGCCGCUGAUCUGCUAGUGGCUAUGUGCGCGAUGACGUUUAACGCGUCAGCCGAAUUGUCUGGGGGCAAGUGGUUGUUCGGACGGUUCAUGUGCGACGUCUGGAACUCCCUUGACGUAUAUUUCUCCACAGCCUCUAUCCUUCAUCUGUGCUGCAUCAGCGUGGACAGGUACUACGCCAUCGUCAGCCCUCUGGAGUACACCGUCAUCAUGAGACAGGGCACCGUCGGCUGCAUGCUGGGCAGCGCAUGGACUCUGCCGGCUCUCAUCAGCUUCAUACCGAUAUUCAUGGGCUGGUACACCACGCAAGAACACUUGGAGUACAUGGUCAAGAAUCCGGAGGUUUGCUCGUUUGUGGUGAACCGACCGUACGCGGUGAUCAGCUCCUGCGUGUCCUUCUGGAUCCCCGGCCUGGUGAUGAUAGUGAUGUACUAUAAGAUCUACAAGGAGGCCGUCAGGCAAAGGAAGGCUCUCAGCAGGACGUCCAGUAAUAUAGUUCUGAAUAGUGUCCACCAUCACAGGUCGUCGACCAGGCAACACCAUCACCAGCAGAUGCUACUCCAAGCGGCGGCUGAGACUGGUACAUCGAUACGACAGCAAACAAAAAGCUGGAGGGCCGAGCACAAAGCUGCGAGGACGCUCGGAAUAAUAAUGGGCGCGUUUCUCCUCUGUUGGCUGCCAUUUUUCCUUUGGUAUCUGACAACGUCCCUCUGCGGCGAAGCCUGCUACUGUCCAGACACGGUGGUGUCCGUCCUCUUCUGGAUAGGCUACUUCAACAGCGCCCUGAACCCUCUGAUCUACGCGUACUUCAACCGCGAUUUCCGCGAGGCGUUCAAGGACACCCUGAAGAGCGCCCUCCCCUGCUGCGCGAGCUGCUGGAAGACGCCGUCGCAGUUCGUCUAGCGAGAGAAGCCCCCGUGAACAGUCGCACCGAACACGCCAUAGCUUGAGCGAAUUUGUUAUCGACUCGUCGACCGAACAUUUAUCCGCCUUCUUGGACCGGGAGAACGCAUCGAGUCUGCAUGUUCUCUCUUGAAUCGUGCGUCGUCGUCGAACGAGGUCGAAAGGAAACUUCGACUUCGAGUUUCUUUACACCCGGCGUGAAGAAUAUCGAGCGGGUUCCUCUUCUGGUUUCUUAAGCGACGACACUCGCGAAAUUCUCUGAUCUUCUCAGGAGAUUUCACAGUCGUGAGAAGAAUCUUCUCUUGGGACCGGGUUUUCAUUAAGUAGCAAUUCAUUAGGUGAAUCGGAGCUUGCUUUUACAGGAGGAUAAGUGUUGGAAUCGACGCUCCAGGGACUCUCUUAUAACGGAGGUUGAAUACUCGAGCGUAGAGAUCGAGAAGCUUGCGAAAUUCUUAAUCGAGGAGUUAUUUUCUUUUUUUUAAGGAACCACUCCCAUUGCCACGAGUCAGCGUGACCCGUCGCGGUAACGUAAUUUAACGUGUAAAUAUUCAUGCAUCCUGAAGGCAAACUUCAUUUCCUGGGCGCAGUUGUCGCUUGUCACGCGUCGAAAACAACGCGACGAGUUUCACGCACGGUCGGGAUUUAGUAGACGAGUUCGCUGGAAGAAUGGGAUUAGGAAUGAAAUUUCGGGUCUCGGUGUGACGACUGACGACAGUGGCUGUCGACAACCGGAAACGGGGGAAAACCAAAAAAAAGAAAAAAAGAAAAAACUGUAAGUACUAUUUUAACGUAUUUCGUCGGCACGCAACGAAAUUGCAAAGUUCGACGAAGAGACACAUGCUGGAAAAGGCGCGUACCUCGACGAGCGACGAGCUUCGAGGACUUUUAGUUAGAGCCAGAUUUUGGGGUGCUGUUUGGCCGCCAGUUAAUGCUUUUCACUUCCUUCGUUUGGUCGUUUCUUUUAUCGUAACAAUUUCACUGAAAAUGAAUUAUUUAUCGGCUGUCGAUGGACGAUAUAUAAAGUACUAGAACUAGUAAUUUGAUUGAUUCGUGCAAAGAAAUCGAUGAGCUUUAGCGUUAAAAGAAAAAAAAAAGAAGCAGAACAGUGGCAGCGAAUCAGCGCUCGGAAUCCUCGAGUACGCGUUGACUUUGUAAAUACGUUGUCAACCAUAAACGUAGGAUGAGGGCAAACAGUGCUACCUAGGUGUAAUUAGAGAACAACAAAGCUGUAUUAUCUGUAACGCAAUACUUAUUAACAAUGAGAUUGUUAACGAGAGAAGAGAGCCGGGCUGCGAAACGAAGACAUUCAUGAACCGAGUCGCAAUUGUUGCCAGAUUACCCCUUCGGCUAUGAGAUCGCUUUUAUAGUCACUUGGGUGAACGUUUGCCAAAGAAGGUUCUCAAUUUUCAUGCGUGGGCGGAGCAACCUAACGCCGAAGUAACUUUUAAUAGACUAAUCUUUGCGGACAAAACUUUCAGACAAUUUUUUAUCCUGUAUUUUAUUAUUCUACUUUCAGCUUAGCCCCAAUCAUCCCUAAUCCUGAUGUACACGUCGGUAAAACUGUACGACACUCUCUUCCUACGAUCUCCUAGCAGCUACACUCAUUCCUUAUUCUAUUAAUCCCAUAGCAAUUUUCUCGGGAACAUCAUUUCUAUAUCUAAUCGAGCCCAGAAACAUUGUCCAUCUGAGCUCCAGCGUUAGGUGCCUCAUCCUAGGCGCGAGAUAAGAAAACAAGACAGCGAUUCGCUGCCGUGGAACAUUUAACCCUUUGCACUCGCGAGGUGACUCUCGAUCACCGGUAGGUUUGACGGAAAAUCGAACAACAGUAAUGUUUGAUUUGGGUUUAAUUUCUUUGGAACUCGAAGUGUCGAUAAAAUGAUUCUCGGCGAGGUAAAGGUGACCCGAUUAAGCUUAACAGUCGUGGUAAUAGAAUACUAAAACGCCUCAUACACGAUACGAUCUGUCGUAUGACUUGUUGUGCGACUUGUCGGCAGAAGCGUAUCGGUGAGACAAUAGUACUUACAUAGUCUCACUGAUAUCUCGGUUAAGGCAAUGCAACUCUCAUUCAAACGGUCGAAAGAACUCGUCGAAGCGAUGUGUCGUACGACAAGUUAUACGACAAGUCGUACGAUAGAUCUUGUCUUGUAUGGGACGUUUACGACGGCGUCGUACGAAAAAAAACACGCCACAGACAAUGCAACUCUCCUUCAAACGGACGAAGGGACUCGUCAAAGCCAUUUGUCGUACUACUUGUCGUACGACAGAUCGUAUGGUGUAUGGGUGCUCUAAGAAACCAUGUCGAGUCGCUGGUAGAUACCAGAAAGAAAGUCCCCGAGUACAAAGGGUUAACCGUGUAAUCGGGAGGUGGUAGAAACACUUGGACGUGGUGUUGGUCGAACCUGCGACAUUUUGUUCACAGUGGACGACAAAGCUUUCCCUUCGUCGUCCACGCUUCGGCUCAGCCCGCGCGUCUCAUCUCAGGCGGUAGAGACUCGACUUUUUCUAGAGGACUUGCGAACGCUUUACUUUCAUUCGUACGGCCUAUUGUACGCGUCUAGACUGUAUAAAUGUAACAUAGCAAUAAUUAUUCGAGGACUGUACAUACAUUGACGACGAACAACGGUAUGCGAGCGAGAGUGUGUAUGUGGACGUGUGCGACCGUCGUUUUUGUAAGUGACCGAUAUCGAUCGUGUAGCGUGCGUGUUCCGUGUUGCUUAAAAGUGUACACAAGACCCCCUCCACCUCAAGUGACGUAAUUAUUGUCAUUUAGCCCAGCAGAUUUCACGUAGAAUUCCCAGAUGUAGAAAUUGUUUGGAUGGAGACAGCUGGACUGUUCGAAAGUCAGUGACUGCUAGUUCGAGCGAGAAUUAACCCUGCUCGAGAACUUUUUUAAUUAAUUAACCACGCAUAGCAACGUUUACGGAUAUAGACAAAUGAACGAGGCCUGAUACACAGUUUUGCAUUUUACUCCGACAGCGUGACAUUGCGAGAACGGAAUUAGGAAAUUAUCAUUAAGUGAGAAUAUUGUAAAUAAAUAUCGAAGAAAUA